GGUCGAAGUUGGGGCGCCGCCCGGUCCGCCGCCGGGGCCCCGCGGCCUUCCCGCCCCUCCUCUUCCUCCCCCUUCCCGCCACCCCGCGAAGAUGGCGUUGUCCAAGCGGGAGCUGGACGAGCUGAAGCCGUGGAUCGAGAAGACGGUCAAGCGAGUGCUGGGCUUCUCGGAGCCCACCGUGGUCACGGCGGCGUUGAACUGCGUGGGCAAAGGCAUGGACAAGAAGAAGGCGGCGGACCACCUGAAGCCGUUCCUGGACGAUUCGACCGUGCGGUUCGUGGACAAGCUGUUCGAGGCGGUGGAGGAGGGCCGGAGCUCCCGCCAUUCCAAAUCCAGCAGCGACCGCAGUCGGAAGCGAGAGCUGAAGGAGGUGUUCGGUGACGACUCGGAGAUCUCCAAGGAGUCGUCGGGGGUGAAGAAGCGGCGCAUCCCGCGCUUCGAGGAGGUGGAGGAGGAGCCCGAGGUCAUCCCCGGCCCGCCCUCGGAGAGCCCCGGCAUGCUGACGAAACUCCAGAUCAAACAGAUGAUGGAGGCCGCCACCCGGCAGAUCGAGGAGCGGAAGAAGCAGCUGAGCUUCAUCAGCCCCCCGGCCCCCCAGCCCAAGACCCCGUCCUCGUCCCAGCCGGAGCGGCUCCCCAUCGGCAACACGAUCCAGCCGUCGCAGGCGGCCACCUUCAUGAACGACGCCAUCGAGAAGGCCCGCAAGGCCGCCGAGCUGCAGGCCCGCAUCCAGGCCCAGCUGGCCCUGAAGCCCGGCCUCCUGGGCAACGCCAACAUGGUGGGGCUGGCCAACCUCCACGCCAUGGGCAUCGCCCCCCCGUCUGGUUGGUGCCAAAUCCUCCCCUCCCACCCCCCCGUCAGCCUCCGCAAAGGUGUCCCAUCCCACAGGAAGGUGGAGCUGAAGGACCAGACCAAACCGACACCGCUCAUCCUGGACGAGCAGGGCCGCACGGUGGACGCCUCGGGCAAGGAGGUGGAGCUGACCCACCGCAUGCCCACGCUCAAGGCCAACAUCCGGGCCGUGAAGCGCGAGCAGUUCAAGCAGCAGCUGAAGGAGAAGCCCUCCGAGGACCUGGAGGCCAACACCUUCUUCGACCCCAGGGUCUCCAGCGCCCCUUCCCAGCGCCAGAAGCGCACCUUCAAGUUUCACGACAAGGGCAAGUUCGAGAAGAUCGCCCAGCGGCUACGGACCAAGGCCCAGCUGGAGAAGCUGCAGGCGGAGAUCUCGCAGGCGGCCCGCAAGACGGGCAUCCACACGUCCACCAAACUGGCCCUCAUCGCCCCCAAGAAGGAGCUGAAGGAAGGCGACAUCCCCGAGAUCGAGUGGUGGGACUCGUACAUCAUCCCCAACGGCUUCGACCUCAGCAACGAGGCCCCCAAGAAGGAGGAGUAUUUCGGAAUCACCAAUCUCGUCGAACACCCCGCCCAGCUCAACCCGCCAGUGGACAGCGACACCCCGGUGACCCUCGGCGUCUACCUCACCAAGAGAGAGCAGAAGAAGCUGCGGCGACAGACGCGGAGGGAGGCGCAGAAGGAGCUGCAGGAGAAGGUCAGGCUGGGCCUCAUGCCUCCGCCGGAGCCCAAAGUGAGGAUCUCCAACCUGAUGAGGGUCCUGGGGACGGAAGCGGUGCAGGACCCCACCAAGGUGGAGGCCCACGUCCGGGCGCAGAUGGCCAAGAGGCAGAAGGCGCACGAAGAGGCCAACGCGGCCCGGAAGCUGACCGCCGAGCAGAGGAAGGUGAAGAAGAUCAAGAAGCUGAAGGAAGACGUCUCCCAGGGGGUGCACGUAUCCGUGUACAGGGUCCGGAACCUGAGCAACCCGGCCAAAAAGUUCAAGAUCGAGGCCAACGCCGGCCAGCUGUACCUGUCGGGGGUGGUGGUGCUGCACAAGGACGUCAACGUGGUGGUGGUGGAGGGAGGUCCCAAGGCCCAGAAGAAGUUCAAGCGGCUCAUGCUGCACCGGAUAAAGUGGGACGAGCAGACGCCCAACACGAAGGGCGACGACGAGGACGAAUCCGACGAAGAGGCCGUCAAGAAGACCAACAGAUGCGCGUUGGUGUGGGAGGGCACGGCCAAGGAGCGGAGCUUCGGCGAGAUGAAGUUCAAGCAGUGCCCCACGGAGAACAUGGCCCGGGAGCACUUCAAGAAGCACGGGGCCGAGCACUACUGGGACCUGGCCCUCAGCGAGUCCGUGCUCGAGUCCACGGACUGACCGCCGCCGCCGGGCCGCCCCGCCGCCCCCUCGGCGGCGGGGGAGCGCG